AUAUAUAUUAUCUGAUUGGCUAUUGGGUUGGCGCGCGAUACCUUUGUAUGACUAGGUAGACGAGAGAGCGACGACGACAACUGACAAGAAUAUAAGUGAGACUUGAAUAUGUGUACAGACUAAUACAUGAGCUGGACAUAUUGUCAACCCUUCUGCCACACAGAGAAUCAGCUGUAAGCAGAAGAAGAUGCCAUACAAAAUUGUAUCAUUCCAUGGUAAAAAUGGUGGUCGCAUUUCAUUGGCUGACAUCAAUGGUCUGUACUUGCCAAUCACAGGGUCCGAGGAAUAUUUGACAAGGCACCUUGAACGUCUGUCUGGACAGUUGCAGGCUCGGGACAAUGAUGUGGUCAUCUGCGCCUAUCCUAAGUCUGGUCUGCACUGGAUCUGGGAGGUGGUAAAUAUGCUACAGAAACGCACCUCCAGACCUUCAGAUGACAUCAUGGAAAAUUAUUCUUUUGAAUUUUCCUCUGUCAAACAACUUAGCUCCGAACCAUCUCCUAGAGUGUUUGUAACACAUCUCACAUUUGACAAGCUGCCUCAAUCGUUUCGUGAGAGACGCUGUAAAAUCGUGUACAUCUGCCGUGAUCCUCGCUCCGUGGCCGUGUCCUUCUUCCACUAUGUGUGUCAGAUGAAGGUCAAGGGGACGACAGAUCGUACUGUAUUCUCUGGGGAGUGGCCAGAUUUCCUACAGCUCUUUACAGAGGGCAAAGUGCCAUUCAACAGCUGGUUACACCACACAAAAGCCUGGGACAAGGUUAUCAAAGACUGGCCAAACUAUCCCAUACACGUUGUCAACUUUGAAGACACAAAGCAGGAUCCUCUGAAAGAAAUUCUUAAGCUGAACACCUUCCUAGGAUCUGGUAUUUCUUCGGCGAUGUGUACAGACAUAGCUACCAACACAAAGAUAAGAAGACUUCGGGCAGCUAAGGCAGCCAUUAGGGACAACACCAUGGGACAAUACUUUCAAGAUAACAAGUACCCUAUGUACCGUAAAGGAGUAACUGAUGAUUGGAAGAACUUGUUCACAGUGGCACAAAACGAGGACAUCAUCCAAGGAGAGAUAGGAAGACUGCGGACCUCAAACAUCAAACUCACCAGUCUACUGUGAAUACUGUAAUACAAUCAUCAUCCAAGGAGAGAUGGGAAGACUGCGGACCUCAAACAUCAAACUCACCAGUCUACUGUGAAUACUGUAAUACAAUCAUCAUCCAAGGAGAGAUGGGAAGACUGCAGACCUCAAACAUCAAACUCACCAGUCUACUGUGAAUACUGUAAUACAAUCAUCAUCCAAGGAGAGAUGGGAAGACUGCAGACCUCAAACAUCAAACUCACCAGUCUACUGUGACAACUGUAACACAAUCAUCAUCCAAGGAGAGAUGGGAAGACUACGGACCUCAAACAUCAAACUCACCAGUCUACUGUGACAACUGUAACACAAUCAUCAUCCAAGGAGAGAUGGGAAGACUACGGACCUCAAACAUCAAACUCACCAGUCUACUGUGAAUACUGUAAUACAAUCAUCAUCCAAGGAGAGAUGGGAAGACUGCAGACCUCAAACAUCAAACUCACCAGUCUACUGUGAAAACUGUAACACAAUCAUCAUCCAAGGAGAGAUGGGAAGACUACGGACCUCAAACAUCAAACUCACCAGUCUACUGUGAAAACUGGAACACAAUUACUUCAUAAUGUCAUAUCAGCCUGGGUAGAUCAUGAGCUCCAGAGCAUUUGACAAUCUUUUGAACCAAUAUGUGCUGGCAGGCAUGGGCUAAACUCCAAGUCUCAGAAGCAACAUUUAUUGGAUCUGUAAACAGGGUUUUAAAAUACAGUCGAAUCUGCUCAAGUCACCAUCUGUAUUAAAAGACCAUCUGUUUUAUGCGACCACUUUUCAUUCCUCCCGACUGUUUUUACUAUGUAAUUUAACUGUAUUAAGCAACCAUCUGUCUAACGCGACCAGCGACCACCGAAAAUGACCCCAAAAAUACGUUAAAGGACCAAAUUUGCGACCGUCACCACAUUUGACGAAGGGCUAAUUAUAUAUUUUGGUGCAACAUGCAGUUAGAGAUUAACCUUGAAUUGCCUUGAUCCUGUCUGCUGGGUAGUGAACUCAAUGCUGUUCACCGUCAGUCUUCACCGUCAGUCUUGACCGUCACACCGUCAGUCUUCACCGUCAGUCUUCACCGUCACACCGUAAGUCUUCACCGUCACACCGUCAGUCUUCACCGUCCUUUCUAAACAGUCUCUCACUGUGCAUGAAGUUAAAUGCAUCAGUUGUUUGUUGUAUAGUUGUAUGUGAAAUAUGAUAAAAAAUAAAGAGAUUUUCAGAUGAA